AUGAACGCCAGGAAAACCAAAAGUGGACAGUCAGGAAAAAAAAUAAGACCCUGGCGCCUUGAAAGUCAGAUGGAGUUUGUGAAAUCAUACCUAUUUUCACAAAGUGAAGAAGCAAUGAGUAAUUUCCCUGCACUAAGUCUAUCAUCUCCAAUAACUGAAUCUAACGAUUUAAGUUCUAUAACUAAUGAAUUACUCGAAACAGAAGAAAAUGAAGAAGAACUCAGUCAAUCAGACAAACUUGAAGAUAGUGUAAAUAACCAAAACAACAAACAGUUGUUUUCAGUUGGCAAAAAAAGUGAAAUUGGAACAGACAAACCUGGAAAGCAGCAAAAUUGCUAUAUCAGUAUAUGCAAAUGA